AAUCUGCGGUGCAUCUGGCAUGUAGCUUUGCAACUCCUUAAUCUUAGUUGAUUUUUACCAAUUUUUGCGAACGAUAUUGCAUCCAAGGUGUAUUCAAAACUAAAAAAUUUGCUUGCUCAUUCUUGAAGCUAAAUGUAAUAACUCGAAAGUGACUAAAAUCGAAAUGUUCUAGUGGUUAAAAUAUGACAUAAAUCCAUGGUGUGUGCGUUCCGACAUAAACGUGGGAGAGGAGAGGAAGAGAGAUGUGUUGGUGGAUGAAUUACUACAAUUUGCUUAAUAGCUAAUAGACUCAACUUCUUUAUUUUUCUUUUUUUAAUUUGUUACGGUUUCGACGUACUCAUACGGGAAAGAUGGUGCCGUAGAAAGUCAUAUUCGAGAAAGAGAUAUGCACGAUGGUGUGGAUUACGUAGAAAUAACCCAGAUGUGACGGCUAAGCGCGAAUCCCGGACCUUGCGCACCAAAGUCCGGCGCUUUAGCCACGGUCGUGAACACCGUGCGUCUAGACUUUAAAAAUUUCUGGUAUGCUUUUUACGAUCUGUUCACGAUGUCCUUAUAUGCGACGAUACUGCCAUAUCUCAUCCUAGGAUUGUUAGGAUUUACAUUAGGACAUGAUGUCAAGGGUUCAUCAGUUUGUGAAUUUUAUAAUGAAACAAUGUGUGCAGAAUCCCAGCAGGAAUGCUCGGGAAGAGAAGAAUGUGGGCCACAUGAUCCUGGCAAAAGAAAUCACUGUUAUGUGCUAUGGAAAAUUGACAAUGUUACUAAGAAAUCUAUAAUUAAAUUAAAGGGAUGUUUUUUGGAUAGUAAUGAUUGCUAUGAUAGGCCACAUUGUAUUGAAAACAGUGCAGAAAGAAAAAAGGAAUUAUUUUUCUGUUGUUGUGAUGGUAACAUGUGCAAUCAGAAUUUCACAUGGGAUCCACAUCCAACUUCUUCUUCUAAACCUAUUCAACCAUCUGUUUUUCAUGAAUCAGAACCUGUUCCAAACACAGAGCAACAAAUAAUAAUACUUGUUUUAUCAAUAUUGAUACCUAUGCUACUAUUUGCUAUUGUAUUGCCAUUAUUAUAUUGGUGUUACCGACGUCGGAAGUCGGGAUAUUUCAACGAGGUUUGGAAGGCAUAUGUACCAACACUAGAACCUCUGCCACUGCCGCAACCGUCUCCUAAUUUGGGAUUGCGGCCGAUACAAUUGCUUGAAAUAAAAGCUCGUGGUCGUUUUGGAGCGGUAUGGAAAGCACAAUUGAAAAAUGAGAUUGUUGCUGUUAAAGUAUUUCCAAUACAAGAUAAGCAAUCGUGGCAAACUGAACAAGAAAUUUUCAAACUUGCCCACAUGGAUCAUGAAGAUAUAUUACGUUUCAUAGGCGUUGAAAAAAGAGGUGAUAAUUUACAAGCUGAAUUUUGGUUAAUCACUGCAUACCAUGAAAAAGGUUCACUAUGUGAUUAUUUAAAGGCAAAUGUUGUUACAUGGCCUGAGAUGUGUAGAAUAGCAGAAUCUAUGGCAAGGGGUUUGAUGCACUUGCAUGAAGAAAUUCCAGCCAAUAAAGCAGAUGGAUACAAACCUGCUGUGGCUCAUAGAGAUUUUAAGUCAAAAAAUGUUUUGCUUAAAGCUGAUAUGAGUGCUUGUAUAGCAGAUUUUGGUUUAGCAUUGAUAUUUCAUCCUGGGAAACCUUGUGGAGAUACUCAUGGACAGGUUGGAACAAGAAGGUAUAUGGCUCCAGAAGUUUUGGAGGGAGCAAUUAAUUUUACAAGAGAUUCAUUUUUACGAAUCGAUAUGUAUGCUUGUGGUCUGGUGCUCUGGGAGUUAGCUUCACGAUGCACUGUACAAGAUGGACCAAUUGGGGAAUAUAGAUUACCAUUUGAGGAUGAAGUAGGUCUUCAUCCCACUUUGGAAGAUAUGCAAGAAAGUGUUGUGCAUAAAAAAGAAAGGCCAAUCAUUUUAGAAACAUGGCGUAAACAUCCUGGACUGCAAUCAAUUUGUGAUACAAUGGAAGAGUGCUGGGAUCAUGAUGCCGAAGCACGUCUUUCAGCUUCUUGUGUAAUGGAAAGGGUUGCCACAUUGAGUAGGACGCUUGUUUUAAAUUCGUCAACGUUGAUACGAGUUGAUAAUACCAACGAGACUAUUAACACUAAGGAAUCUAGUAUGUAGUUAAUCUACAUGUAUUAUAGUUUUAGUUAAAUUGCACAACCAUUUUCUGUAUCAUAAUUUUAUGCAUACAUCAAUGAGGAAUGUUAAAAUAUUGCAUGCUAUUUUGUAAUGAUUAUUUUUUAUCUUUUUAUUGGUUUUUUUCUUUUGUUUUAAAUUAAAAUAAGUUUUAACCCAUUUGCAUCCAAGCGCGGAUUAAUCCGCGCGCUGCGACUGUCUUUUAUCACCAAGAUAGACCACUGCUUUUUUUUAUUUUCACUUUAAUCUAAAUAGUUUUAUUUUAAAUAAAUAAUUUUUACUUUUUUCCUCUGUUAUAAAGAAUGUAAGAUGCGAUGUUUGCGAAGUAACAUUGUCUACCAAUAGUUUUGAACAAUCGUUUGGUAAACUCCAUGAAGAAUUCGGAUAUCAUUUACUGCACCUACGACUGACCGCGCGCGGUGAUAGGAACCAGUCCUCUUAAGUAUGCCAUGAUGCAAAUGGGUUAAUGUUUUAAAGUAACGUAAAUCAUCGCGAAUAAAAUUGUUUUCGUUAAUUAGAUACUACAGUAUCAAGUAGAAACAUUUUUACGAAGAUAACUUUUUUUUAAAUAAUCGUUAUUUAUUAAAUGUAAUUAUUGUCUCAAUGUAGUACUCAUCUCUGGAUUACUUGUAUAUAAAUCAUUCGCGUAUAUAUAUAUAUAUAUCACUAAAAUUUUAUAAUUAAUAUAGUUUAUUAAAUAUUAGUAACUAUUUUAUAUAAAAAUUUGGAAUCAAUUGAAUCAAUUCUUCAUUCGUAUUGUAUACGUAAAACUAGGAAUCUACGAUGAGAAACAAAAACUUCAUUGCUAAAUUUACAUUUCACUUAUAAAUCUCAUUUAAGUAAAAAUUACAAUGCAAUUAGAAAUACUUCUUUAUAUGUACAGUAUUAAUGAUAAACAUAAAUGUUGAGAUUUUUAUCCUUUAGUUUUUGCCGAAAUGAGUUCGAAGUUAUUGUAUCAAAUGAUAAAAUACAUACUAUUAAUAUCUUUUUGUUUGUUUAUGCAGUUGUAUUCCUCAUUGAUAUUAGCAAUCGCGCAGUAAUAGGUCAGAGAUAACAAAAUGAAUUAAACACUAGCCAAGAUGAUAUUCAAUGCAUAAUUUUUAUCUGUAAAGUCUUAUCAUAUGUGAAUUGUUACAAAGAUAACUCAACAAUUUUAUACAAAGUACCUGGUAGAAACAGUCAACUUAACUGAUUGGAAGCCAUGAGGAAUUUAUUAGAACUUCUGCACGAGGUAGAUGACUAUUUUAAUUAUUUUGCAUUUUAAAGAGUAUAAUAUUUAAGGUGACUAAUUUAUUUCGCAAAAUAAGAUUUUUUCCAUGAUCUCUUUUAAUUUUAAAUAAUAUAUAAUAUAAUGUAAGAAGUGAAGAAAAAUUUAUUAAAAGCACAUUGCGUAAAUACAUAAUGAUAUGUAUUUUAUUUAUUAAAUUUAAUAAUUUUUUUAUUAAUUCGAAAUAUAUAAAAUGUACAUUAUAAAACUAUAUUAAACAAUCAAAAUUAAUACUGCAUACUGCUCAUGGAUUAAAUUUUAUUAAGCCUAGUAAAAGUCUUCCUUAUGUAUUUUACUUUUAAGUAUAAUGAUUUCAUUAUAGCAGCACACAGUUUUCUUGAGGAAAGUGAUUUCUAAUUAUUAUAUACAUAAUCUAGCUUUGAAAUAAAUCUUGCAUCCAGUGUGUUCACAGUGGUUAUGUAAGAGAAGUCUUGAAUACAUAAUUUUAUAUAUAUGUAUGUAUUAUUUAUAUGUUGAAAUUAUUAAAUGAAACGGAGCAUUUUGUAUGAACCAAUUUUCUAUGAUAUGUACAAUUUUUUUAUGGCAUAUAUUGUCUAACUAAAAAAUAUUUUCACUAGAUUCAGUUUUCACACACAGAUACACACAAUGUUGUUUUUCAUAUUAUAAGUUUUAUAUUAUAAUUUCUUCCAAUUUUAUUGAAGACUGUAUAACGAGACUGGAUAAUCUUUAAAAUGGUCGUGAAAAUAUUUAAUUUAUUUGUUCACUAAUAAUUCCGUAAUAGUGGUCUAAGAGCAACAAUAUAGAAUUGUUUUUAAGAAAACGAUGGUUAUUCAAGAUGCACGUUUCGGACGAUACUGUUUUAUUUAAAUAGUGAUUUGAAUGUAUCAAUUCUAAAUAAAUGAUUUCUUUUACUUGCUCUGAUUUAUUUUAGUUAAAAAAGUUAGUUAAAGAAAGCAAAGUUCCAUUACAAAUUAAAUUUAUGUUAUAAUAGUCUUUUAUUUUGUGAAUAGUCAAAUUCUUGAACUUAAUGAAAGUUGAUAUGAUCAAGAUUGGAUAAUUGCAUUACACAAGCUGUGAUAAUCAGUAUAAAAUUUAAGUAUUGUAACAAUAAAUGAGGCCUAACUGAAUUUUAGAUAUGUUCUAUAAUUCACAAUUAUAAUUUCUCAGAGCAAGUAGAGAAUCGGUAGGUUGUUUUAUCUCUGAUGUUGGACUUUAGCAGUGCCAAAAGGGUAAUAUAUGCACACACUAUAGCUUCAUCUUUGUAUAUUAAUUUGUAGCUAAGUAAGAUACUGAAAUCGGUAACAUGUACCUAUUAAUCUUUAACAUGCAAUGUUAUAAAUGAGAAAUUAACCUGUAAUUGAUUAUAUACUAUUUUAUUAAAUUUUAUUUUAUUUUUUUAUUACUUUCUAAAAAAAAGCAAGAACUUUAUGUAUAAUAUUCAUCUUUACAAUGCAAUAUAAUUAUAGUAAUGUUGAUUUAUCAAAUGAAUCAUAGUUUAUUUAGUGGUUAGUACACAAUUAUUUAUCACACAAUCUCAUACAUGGAAAUCAAUUAUGGGUUAAUUACAACACUAUCUAGAAUUUAACAAAUUUUUGGACUUUUACAUAUCGAAAAGCAGAUGACUGCAUUUAUGAAGAAAUUUCUUAUUUCAUAUAUGCUGUAUAUGCUGCGAAUUUUAUUUGUAAAAAUUGUGUAAUAGGAAUGUUAUAAUCUCAUCAUUGCUAAUUGUUAUGUAAUUACAUAAUUCAACAAUAUCUUCGUGUAAAAAGUUAGGAAACAGUGCAUUUGACAGAGAAAUCGGUCUAUUCUCAUAAGACUGAAUUAUGAAUAAAACAGUUAUCUACAAUAAAGAGAAAAAGAAGAAUGUUUGCAAUUUUAUGCUGUUCAGCAUAUAUUGAUUUUAAGAUAGUGCAAUGGUGAGGUAAUAUUUUGAAACACAUUGUAUAUAAAUAGAUACACAAGUCAUAGACAUGCAUACAACGUAUCACGUUACAUUGCUUAUCUUUUAUUGAAUCAUAUCCCAUGAAUAUAUAAAGAAUUUAGGUUUUAAUAUUGACAGUACCGCAAUGGCAUUCCAGUCACAUAUAAUAUAUUGUAUAUUAAUGUAAAUCAAUAUUAUAAUUUCUGACUUCUAAGGCUAUAAUAAUUCUUAUUGAUGUCGCCAAUAUAAAUUAAGAGAUUUAUUCUUAAUAUUUUGUUAUUUAAAUUACUUUUUUGCUAUUUGGUUACAUCAUAUUUUUGAAUUUUGUUAUCUAAUCCCAUAUAAAAGUACUGAAAAAUGUCAUGAAACAUAACUGAAAAAAUAUACUCCAGAAAGGAAAUUUUUAUUUAGAAGAUAUUAAUUUUACCAUUUAGUUAUAUACUCACACAUUAGUCCAAUGCAAAGUUUCUUUGUCUCGUGAGAUAUAAAAUAUCUGAUAAAAUCAUAUUUGUAAAUAUGAUGAACGUUUUUUGUAAUAUUUAGUAUUAAAGUAUCAAAAUACUUCCGAUACCAUAAUUUGUUUCAUAUCAUACAUGAUAUAUGUACAUGUGUAAUUUAAUCAUAUUGUCUACUUUUGGCAUUGUUGUUACUACUGAUAUACAAUUUUGAGUAAUUCAUUGUGUAAUACAUUUUUAGUAAACUUUGUUUGAUUAUAUAUCUUUUGUUUGAAUUGCAUUGUAUUAUAAAUAGCCUAAUCAGACAUAUUUUAUAUCUGCAUUCAGUCUAAGAUAGGAGAUCUGUAAAUAGGAUUUAGUGAAAUGUAAUUUUUAGAAAUAAGACCAUUAAAGAAAAAGGUAAUUUCUUACUUAUAAUUUAAGUAUGAUGUGACUCAUAGCAAUAGAAUGUUCCUAUGCACAUUGGAUGUAACUGUUUUCAAAAUUAUUAUGUAGUAACAGAUUUUUGUAACAUUGGCCUGACAAAUUUUUUAUACAAUAAGAAUAUACAAGAAAAUGUUAUUUCAAACGAACGAAAUAAUAGAUGAAAUGUAUCAAUUCUAGCAGAAAUAAUCAUUUCCAUGAAAUUGUAUGCAAAGGAGUGUUGGUUGCAGAUAAAGUUCCUCAUCUGAAACGAUCAUGGUAUCGAUCGUGGACAUUAACAUUAUAGAAGAGGGAAUAAAAAAAGCGGUGCUUGGAAAGAUAAUAUAAAAUAUAAAAUUUUUUAAUAUCUAAAUAUGUAGAUAACAUCGCUUUUGUUUGUAAUGAAAUAGCGUUAUUAAUGUGUUAGGACCGAAAACGAAUUACCAUUUGUCAUACCAUUACAACUGUUUAUUUUGUCUAUAAUGUAACAUAUAAUAUAAUUGCAUAGUUAAAAGCACGCAAAAUAAACAUUUUAAUAAGUGAGAUAAUUAAAAUUGGUUUACCAAAGUUCGCAAAAAGCAGGAACAUAUUUAAAAAGCAUAUCUAAUAAAUAUGAAAAGUUUAUUUAUAAACAUAUAUUUAGUAACACGUUUUUUUUGUUUGCCGCUUAUUUUAAGCCAUAAUUUUCUUUUUCUCAGAUACCUUUAAUUGUACCAAAUCUGUUUAAUUUGCACAAAUAGGUAACAUAAUUUAAAGUAAUUCAGAAGGUAUUUAAGAGUUUUAAAGAAUUUAUAUUUUUAGACAAUGCGGAGCAAUAUUUCUUUUAAUUUAUACACUAUAUUUAUUAUUUAUAUUUAUUCGUUUAUUUACACUACCUUCAUAUUCUAAAUAAAUAAGAUGCCUUACAGGGAAUAUACUGAUAUAUGGAGGAAAUAUACAGGGAUACAAUUACAAUUUUAGAUUUUAUUUGAUUACAUUGUAUGCUUCAGCAUACUAAAGAAUACAUGAAGCAAGUAAAAAAAUGUGAUUGUUGCGAACCACAAGCACGCGAUGUAAUAAUUUAUACACCAGAUAAAACUAAACGAGAUAUCUGUUAAUCGUGCGAUGUACGGAAUAGAUAAGACUAAAAUAUAAGUUAGAAGAUUAAAAAUAAAAUUCAACGUUAUCGCACAGUCGCAUUAAUAAACUUACCUAUACACUAUGAUCACAGUUACAUUCAUAAUUAUUGUAAGUUAUUACAUGUCAUUAUCGUCUUUAUCAUCAUUAUUAUCAUAUUUUACUGUAUAUAUGUACAUUCUGGUUAUAAAUAGGUGUAUGUUCAAUUAAUUAAAUAUAAUCUGGUUUGAAAGCCUA